GAAAAAGAUUGCAAUUUAGGAAUUGUUUAGAGCAAAGAAAAGGUAGAGGAAAAGGAGAGGCUGUAAUGUGACUCUUUGGCUCUGGAGAGAGACCAAAACCAAACCCUAGAUUUUUCAGUCCCAAGUAGCAAUUUUUUUUCAUUUUUAUUCACUCAAAUUUCAGAUCCAACCUCAUAAUACUUCGUCCCCAACACUCUUUCCUCCCUUCCAUCUUUUUCCUCUGAUCUUGCCUAAUUAUUGACAUUCAAGAAGGAGGAAACUCGUUCAGUGAUUUGUGAAUACUCUCUUGAGAUUCUUUGUGAAGCUUUUUUUUUUUUUUUUAAGUUGGAUUUUUUUUUUUUUUUUUACUUAGGCUGUUAAAGAUGAUGUCCAAAUCGUAUACCAAUCUUUUAGAUUUAGCUUCUGGGAAUUUUCCCAUUAUGGGUCGCGAGAAGAAGCGACUUCCACGAGUAAUGACUGUUGCGGGGGUAAUAUCAGAGCUUGAUGAUGAUCAGGCAAAUAGUGUGACUUCUGAGGGACCUUCGUCAGUUGUGCAAGACCGAAUAAUUAUUGUUGCCAAUCAGCUUCCUAUUAAAGCUAAGCGUAGACCGGACAAUAAAGGCUGGAGUUUUAGUUGGGAUGAAGACUCUUUGCUGUGGCAGCUUAAGGAUGGUUUACCUGAAGAUAUGGAGGUUUUGUAUGUAGGAUCUUUGCGGGUGGAUGUUGAUUCUUCCGAACAAGAAGAUGUAUCGCAGCUUUUGUUGGAGAGGUUUAAGUGUGUUCCAGCGUUUUUACCUCAUGACAUUUUAUCUAAAUUUUAUCAUGGUUUUUGUAAGCAGCAAUUGUGGCCACUCUUUCAUUAUAUGCUUCCGUUCUCUGCAACUCAUGGUGGUCGAUUUGAUCGCUCUCUGUGGGAGGCAUAUGUAGCAGCAAAUAAAAUUUUUUCUCAAAGGGUGAUCGAGGUCAUAAACCCAGAUGACGACUUUGUAUGGAUUCAUGAUUAUCAUCUAAUGGUGCUACCCUCCUUCUUGAGGAGAAGGUUUACAAGACUGAGAAUGGGCUUUUUUCUUCACAGUCCAUUUCCUUCAUCAGAAAUAUAUAGGACAUUGCCAGUGAGGGAAGAGAUUCUUAAGGCACUUUUGAAUGCAGACCUUAUUGGUUUUCACACUUUUGACUAUGCUCGACAUUUCCUGUCUUGUUGUAGUCGGAUGUUGGGUUUGGAAUAUCAGUCAAAGAGGGGUUAUAUUGGCUUGGAAUAUUUUGGAAGGACCGUGGGGAUAAAAAUCAUGCCUGUUGGAAUUCACAUGGGCCAGAUGGAAUCGGUGCUAAGACUUGCUGACAAGGACUGGAGGGUACAGGAGCUCAAGCGACAGUUUGAAGGAAAAGUUGUGUUACUUGGAGUUGAUGAUAUGGAUAUUUUUAAAGGGGUCAAUCUGAAGUUGUUGGCAAUGGAACAGAUGUUGCGGCAACAUCCAAAGUGGCAGGGAAGAGCUGUUUUCAUACAGAUUGCAAACCCAGCUAGAGGAAGAGGGAAAGAUCUCGAGGAAAUACAAGAUGAAAUACAGGAAUGCUGCCAGAGGAUUAAUGAAAAUUUUGGACAGCCAAAUUAUGAGCCAAUUGUGUUCAUUGAUCGGCCUGUUUCUCUCGCUGAAAGAGCGGCAUAUUAUACGAUUGCCGAAUGUGUUGUAGUCACAGCGGUGAGGGAUGGUAUGAACCUAACUCCUUAUGAGUACGUUGUCUGCAGGCAGGGAACCUCUGGAUCAGAAUAUAGCACAGAAACAAAUGGACCACAAAAGAGCAUGCUAGUCAUAUCAGAGUUCAUGGGAUGUUCCCCUUCUCUUAGUGGGGCAAUACGGGUUAACCCAUGGAACAUUGAAGCCACUGCUGAAGCAUUGAAUGAGGCAAUAUCAAUGGCUGAAGCUGAAAAGCAACUGCGCCACGAGAAGCAUUACAAAUAUGUGAGUACACAUGAUGUGGCGUACUGGUCAAGGAGUUUUUUCCAAGACAUGGAAAGAACUUGCAAGGAUCACUUUAGAAGACGGUGCUGGGGAAUUGGGUUGGGCUUUGGUUUCAGGGUUGUAGCACUCGAUCCUAACUUUAGAAAGCUAUCUAUUGAUGCCAUUGUAGCUGCAUAUUCGAGGUCUAAAAAGAGGGCUAUACUUUUGGAUUAUGAUGGCACUGUCAUGCCGCAAACUUCAAUUGAUAAGACCCCAAGUCGUCAGGUGAUUUCAAUCAUAGAUUCACUGUGUGAUGAUGUUAGGAAUACUGUUUUUGUUGUCAGUGGAAGAGGGCGUGAAAGUUUGGGCAAUUGGUUCUCUUCUUGCGAUAAGCUUGGAAUUGCUGCCGAGCAUGGCUAUUUUAUGAGGUGGUCUGCUGAUAAGGACUGGGAAAAUUGUGGUCAAGGUAGUGAUUUUGGCUGGAUACAGAUUGCAGAGCCAGUCAUGAAAUUAUAUACAGAAGCUACUGAUGGCUCUUCUAUUGAAACCAAAGAAAGUGCCUUGGUGUGGCAUCACCAGGAUGCAGACCCUGAUUUUGGUUGCAGCCAGGCGAAAGAAUUAUUGGAUCACCUUGAAAGUGUGCUGGCAAAUGAACCAGUUGCUGUAAAAAGUGGUCAGUUUAUUGUAGAAGUGAAGCCACAGGGAGUCAGUAAAGGUUUGGUGGCAGAAAAGAUCUUCACGUCAAUGGCAGAAGCAGGAAGACGGGCUGAUUUUGUGCUAUGCAUUGGUGAUGACAGAUCUGAUGAAGACAUGUUUGAGAUAAUUGGUAAUGCAGUGUCAAGUGGCUCCCUCUCUUCCAAUACAUUAGUUUUUGCCUGCACGGUUGGACAGAAACCAAGCAAGGCCAAGUAUUACUUAGAUGACACAACCGAGGUCAUUAAUAUGCUUGAAGCCCUUGCAGAAGUUUCGGACAUAUCUUCUCCUCCUGAAUCCCCUUGACAGUUCUUCUGCAUGGCAGUGUUAUAACAUGCUCCUGUCUCUUCUCCGACCUUUUAAGCAAGUGACGCUGGCUGGUGAUUAGUAUCAAAUCACAUUCAUUUUCUGCUCUUGUUGAAAGUUAAUUAAUGUGCAGCAAAAUGGAAAUGGCCUAAUUUGAACCGUCAGCGUCUUGGAUUUCUUUACGAUAUAUACAAGUGGAUGCAAAAGUAUGAAAUGGGGGAAAAGCAUUCAUUCAUUCUUGGCAUUAGGGGACCCGAAUGGGGGUGGAAUGAAAUGGUACUAAUAUGGACAGACUGACUUGGGGGGAUGUCGCGGAAACAACAGAGAGGAAGAUGGCCGAAUGAUUUGUGAAUAAUCUUUGAGGCCCAGCCAUUGGUAUUUCCACGCUCGUUUGAAGUUGGUAGUCCCGAGUAUCUAUUCUUUUGAUUCAUGAAUCUUUUUGGGUGGUGGGAUGAUCAAAGUCCAACUAGAAAGUUAGAAAAGAAGCCUGAGCUCUCGUCUUGUUUUCAAAACUGUACCAAAUGGACAACAGAAUGAUGUCCUUUGUCUCCUUUUCUUGCUCAUUUUCAUUUUCUUUUUCUCGUCAAAUUCUUGAGUGCAUUUGUUUUCUCAUUGUUACUUGAACCGUUUUAUUUUUGCUCACAAGAAAUCUGUAAAUUUCCUAUAUUAAAUCUAUUUUGUUUAGACUUGCA